AUUCACUCCUUUAUUUUGUAAGAAAUGUUUUCGUAACAAAAUUCCUAUACUCCGCGCGUGAUCUCUUCCUCCCUUCCUGCGUGUCUCCGAUCAGGAACUUGUUGAUGGGUGCCCCUAAGCAGAAAUGGACAGCAGAAGAAGAAGAAGCCCUCAAGGCAGGAGUUCUCAAACAUGGAACUGGAAAAUGGCGCAAUAUACUUUCGGAUCCUGAGUUUAGUUCGGUCUUGCGUUCACGCUCAAACGUGGAUCUCAAGGACAAAUGGAGAAAUAUAAAUGCCACGGCCAUAUGGGGGUCAAGGCAGAAGGCCAAGCUUGCUCUUAAAAGAAAUCAAAUGGCUGCUAAACAUGAUGAUAACCACAUGGCACUUAUUACUGUACCUCCGAGUGAAGAAAUUGUUGAUCCUAAGCCCCUUGCCAUUUCCAGUGGAACACCAAGGGCAACUGGCUCCAAAAAUUCAAUUUCAAGGUUGGAAAACAUUUUAUUAGAGGCUAUCACUAGUUUGAGAGAGCCUGGUGGUUCUGACAGAGCUUCAAUUGCUUUAUACAUAGAGGAGAAAUAUGCUUCACAGCCAAACCUCAAGAAGCUUUUGGCUACAAAAUUAAAGCUGCUGGUAGCAAAUGGGACAUUGACAAAGGUAAAGCAUAAGUAUAGGAUUGCUCCACAUUCAACUAUUUCAGAAGCAAGAAAAACUCCUCUGCUUGCUUUGGAAGGAAGGCAGAAGGAUUCUACAAAAGCAGAGAAGGACAUCAACAACAUUCUUACUAAAACCCAAGUUGAUGCAGAGUUAUCAAGAAUGAAGAGCAUGACUGCAGAAGAGGCUGCUGCGGCUGCCGCACAAGCAGUUGCAGAGGCAGAAGUUGCUAUUGCCGAGGCUGAAAAGGCUGCAAGAGAAGCAGAGGCCGCGGAAGCUGAAGCAGCAAAAAUUUUUGCUAAAGCGGCAGCUAAAGCAUUGAAGUCUAGGAUGCUAGUUACCUGGUAAAUCUUUGUUCUUAUAUAUUCUUCAAUUGAACAAUGUACAUAGAUCUGGAAACACAGGGUUUCUCAGAAGAUGCUCUUUAUUGGUUGUUUAAGAGGGUUGGAUCUUAACCAAGAGUACAGCUAGUCAUACUCCUGAUAUUUACGCCUUGAAACUGCAGCUCUGUCAAUCAACAAAGCUUUACCACAACUUAACAUCAGCUGAACAAAUUUUAUUUUACUUAUAUUUAUGAGACUAUUUUAAUCUUUUCUUCUCUAUGGUUGAAAAGUUUCUGAAGCAAUGCAUUACUUUUUUUGGGUGAGUUUUGUCUUUGGUCUCAAAUAAUACAGCUCUAUUGUGACAUGUAAUUGUUUAGGAUUUUUGCCCCUAUUUAGUGGUUCUUUUCGCUGUUUAUCUUAUCGAUAUCAGUUGCAAACUUGUGCAGAUGGUAUAGGACAUCAUUUCAUCUUAGCUAGUUGCUGGAACCUUGCAUCAGACUUGACAUCUUGCUGGCCUGGUAUAUCAACUAUGAAUCAUGUCUAUUACUGUAAAUAUAUAAGGCUUGUAAAGAAGAAAAUGUGAGAUCAAUCCAUGAAUUUGUGCUUCUUUUUGGAUGAACAUUUGCUGGGAAGCUUAGAGGUUUUUGUGAUUCUAUAGCUUUAUCUUGUAGUAGAGGGUAUAUAGAUAUGGCAAAAGAAAUAGAGAUGGCAUUGUAAUGGCACUCUUGAGAUAUUAUCUUUUAUUUUAUUGAAAGUCCAUCUGAAUAAAUUGAACUACAGUUUUGCA